GACAGAACUAAGUGCCACGUGUGUGUGUGUCUCUUCCAUUGUGUGAGGAUUAACAGUUAACGUAAGGAAUAACUUCAAGUCAGUGCAAUGGCUGGGGGUAAAGGCGAUGGAGCUGGUUCUGGCUACGGAGACCUGAAUUCUAAAAUCACCUGCCUGAAAGGAACUUUAUUCUGCUUCAACGUAGCGACAUGGCUUCUUGGAGCGUCCAUUUUCGGAUUGGCCUUGUGGAUGAGCCUGGAAUCGGGAGUUGGAGAAUGGAUGGAGAAACUGGAGCUCAGUGAAUACUACACGGGGAUUUACGUCCUCAUUGCUGCGGGAGUUAUCCUCAUAAUCGUAUCCUUCCUCGGAUGUGUGAGCGCUUUCAUGGAGGACAGAACGAUACUCGUCAUAUUUGUUGGAGUGCAAGUUAUUUGCUUCAUCCUCGGAGCGGCAGGAGCUGCUGUGUUACUGGAUUACAGUACGUAUGACUCGCAGAUACAGCCCCUCAUAAGACAAAGGAUGAGGUACCUCAUCAGUGAAUCCCAAAACGAGUAUGCGUCCUCUGUGCUGAGGAUGGUUCAAGAAACUAUCGGAUGCUGUGGUGCUGACGGGCCCAACGACUACCUGCAGCUGCUGAAGCCCCUACCGACAGAAUGUAGAGACACCGUCACAGGGAACGCUUUCUUCUACGGCUGUGUGGACGAGCUGACCUGGUUCCUAGAAGAUAAAUCAGGAUGGCUCAGUGCGCUUGCCCUCACAGCCUGCUUCGUACAUGUAAUCAACAUUGUUCUGUCUGCUGUACUGUCUGAGGCCCUCAAGAGAGAAAAUGAAGACAGAGGUUUUGUAUAUAAACGCUGAUCUUUCGACCUGAAAGCCUAAUGUUGACAUCUUGCCUGAGAGGUAACAAGAUUUCCAGAAAAUCCUAAUUUUGGACUUCCUCCAGGAAAGCGAAUGUCACCAGAGGCCCGUAAUAUGCACAAAUCUCUUCAGGCAUUACAGAUCAGAUUAAAAUUUGUAUAAUUUUUAUUGAAGAACAUCAGAUACGUUCAUUUAAUUAUUUUAAGUUGUAAGGUUAUGUUUCAACAGCAUACAGCAUUUUGUCUCGGAUUUCUUUAGCUAUCAAAUAUAUUCAAAUUGUUUUGUUUCAACUACUGGAUAAGCAGGGUUAAAAUUUAUUAAUAAGGAAGUGAUUUUAUAUUAUAUCACUGGGAAUAACAUAUUCUCCUUAUUAAUAUACUAUAUUUGAACCUAUGUGUAUUAUAUUUUCUUUAUUAUAAUUGUGAAUGAAUAUGGAACGAUCAUGCACAAAUUAUGUGCUUUGUGCUUUU